UGACUGUCAAAAUUUUGACGUUACAUUAUAACCUCACAAAAAAAGAAUCUAUUUUUUUUUGUUUAUUUAAAUAAUUAAAUAAUUAAAUAAUAAAUAAAUAAAAGAAAUGUUGCCUCCGGCAAGCGGCACUGGAAUUUACACGUCAGUUUCCCCUAAAGUGAUCAGAUUGUUAAGGCAAGGCUGCACUAACAGGCCUUUUUUCCAUGUCGUAGUAGCUGUCAACCGGGCCCACCAGAGUCGUCCGGUAAUCGAACAGGUCGGCAGCUACGACCCGAUGCCGAACCGGCACGACGAAAAACUGGUCGCCCUGAACUUCGAGCGGAUCCGGUUCUGGAUCGGCAACGGAGCCGAAGUUUCGAAACCGGUCGCUCAGCUUCUAGGCCUUGCCGGUUUCUACCCGGUUCAUCCGACCAGUUACUUACAAGCCUGGAAAACCAGGGAAAAAAUGGAAGAGAAAAAUGAGGAAAAAUCGAAUUAGUUGUAGAUAAUUUGUUGUAUAUUACAUUUUAGAAUUUUUUUUUUUAAAUAAAAAGUGUUUUCUUUAAUUCCUUAUAUAUAC